UUAUUCCUUUUUUUAAUAUCAUUUGACUCACAGUCAUUCACACGGUCUUGCUUUUGUUGUUAUUAUUAUUAUCAUCAUCAUGGCUUUUUUUUUUUUUUUUUCCUUUUGUUGUAGGAUUUUUUUUUAGACACAUUGGUUUUAUUUCAUUUUAUUUUAAAAGACCUGGAGACGACAUAAAUAUAGAAAAUUAUUAUUAUAUUUAAAAAAAAAAAAUUAAAUUUACUUUUGGAGCAUUGAACUUGUUGAUAUUUAAAGUUUAAUUUAAAUUAUUUUUAGAUUAUUGAUUUUUAUAAUUAGUCUAUGUUGUCAUUUUUUUUGUUGUCAUUUCACUCAUUUGUGUUGUCAUUUGUGUGAUGACGUAUGUACUUGUUGUCUAGCACACCACCCUCUCUAUUUUUUUUUCUCUGCAGAAACAGCUGCGUAAUUGUCUCGCUCAUUUUUUUUCUCUCUCAGUAUAACCUAUAAUAAUAAUACAUUGACACUUGACAGUUUGACUGUCAAAUAAAAAAACAACAACAACAACAAAUAAUCAUAUGUUUUUUAUAAAUGACAAGUCAAAACACAGCAACAAAAAUCAACAAAGAAAAAAGUAAAAAUUUAAUUGUUUAAAUAACUUUGAUUAUUAUAAAUAUUGAUGUAAAAAUUUGACAAUGAAAUUGCUGAUAAAUAAAGACUCAAAAAAUGAAUUCAUUACUAAAAAGUGUAAAAUCAUUAACAAACAAAAAACAUGUACUUAUAAAAGAAUCAUUAAGAAAACAAUUAAAUUCAACAAUAAUGGAAAUGGAAAAUCUUGGUGGUAUAAAUAAUGAAAAAAUAAUAAGUGAUUGUGAAGAAACAAUAGCAUUAUGUUCAAUACUAGAAGCAAUAUUUUUACAUGGUUUAAAAGAUAGUCUGUUAAAUCGUGUAACAGAAGUACUAAGUGGUCCAGAUAUUGAUGCAAUGCCACAACCAAGUUUUUGGGGACCAUUAUUAGUAUUUUCACAUAGUCAAAUAAUUGAUGAAAUACAAAAUUAUAAACAAAUAAUAAGUGAAGUUGGUUUUUGUAGAACAUGGAUAAGUUAUCAUUUUUAUCAUUAUACAACAAUGGCAUUAAAACCAUAUUAUGAAAUAACAGCAUUUAUAAGAGAUAGAGAUUGUAUUGAUAUUGCUAAAAGACUUGUUGAAACAAUUGAACAAAUGACAUUUGAUCUUGCUUGUAAUACAAGUCUAUUAAAUUAUUGGUCAAGUACACCACUUUUAAUGGCUGCAAUAUGGUCACCACCAAUGAAAUCAUCACCUGUUUUUAGUGCUGUUGAUAUUGCUAAAACAAUAAAUAGUGAUAUUACUAUUAAUAAUCCCAAUCAUCAUAAUUAUGAUGAUGUUGAAACAGCAAGUUCAAUUGGUAGUAUUGGAUCAUUUACUUCACAAAGUAUACUUGGUAAUUAUGGAGCAAUAAGUGAAGAUGAUGCAUUAAAAAUAAUUUUAUCAAAUAAUACAAAACAUGAUGAUGAUGAUAGUAAUAAAGCUAGCUCAUCAUUUAAUGGUAAAACAAUUAAACCAUCAUCAUCAACGUCUUCAUCAUCAUCAACAUCAACAUCAACUACUGAUAACUUAUUAACUAAAAAAAUUGAUGCUAAAAUAAUAAACAAUGAAAAGAAAUUAAAUGAAAUUGUUGAUAAAAUUGAGAUAAAUAAAAAUAAAUAUGAAGAAAUUGAAAAUAAAAUUGAAGAAAUUGAACAUAAAUAUUUAACAGAUGAUGAUAAUUUAAUUAUUGAUAAUAAAUUUGAUUGUAUGAAUUUGAUAAAUGAUGGUGAAUCAUCGUCAAUGACAUCAUCAAUGAUAUCAAAAAAUUCAACUGAUGAUUCACAACGUACACCUGGUGAAAAUGCAACUUAUGAUGCAUUAAUUAAAAGUUAUCAUACUGGUGGUUAUUCACAAUCACCAGAUAUACGUGAUUUUUUAAAUAAAUUUACACCAGAUGUUAAAUUAAUACCGGAAAAAUGUAGUGAUAAUGAUGAUGAAAUUGUUGAUAAAAAACCAGUUGAUAUAAUGAUUGAACAAAUUGGUAAAUUACCAAGAGAAAAAGGUCUUGAUGUACAAAAUUAUAGUUGUUUCGAUUGUGGUCAUGCAAUUGGUAUGACAUUUGGUAAAUCAAAUGUUUGUUCAUUUUCUGGUAAUUAUUAUUGCAAUGAUUGUAUGGCAAAUGAAGAAUUUUUAAUACCAUCAAGAAUAAUACACAAUUGGGAUUUAAAAACUUAUCAAGUAUCACAAAAAGCAGCAAUAUAUUUAACUGAUUGUAAAACAAUACUUGAUUUAAAAUUAAUUAAUCCAAAAAUUUAUAUGGCUGUUGAUAGUAUGGCACAAUUACAACAAUUAAGAAUACAAUUAAAUUUAUUACGUGCAUACUUGUUGACAUGUCGUGAUCCAAUUAUAAAUGAAUUGGAAAAUAAAGUUAAACCAAGAUGUUAUUUGUAUGAACAUGUACAUCAGUAUUCUGUUGGUGAUUUACUUGAUGUAUCAAAUGGUACACUUGCACAGCAGUUAUUAAAAAUUAUUGAAUUUGCUAAAAAUCAUGUUGCUAAUUGUUGGCUGUGUAGUCAAAAAGGAUUCAUAUGUGAAGUUUGUAAUAAUUCAAAAAUUAUUUAUCCAUUUGAUGUUGAAUCAACAUUCAGGUGUGGUAAAUGUAGUGCAGUAUUUCAUGCAAAUUGUCUCAAUUCGAAAAAACCUUGUCCAAAAUGUCAGCGUAGAAAAAAACGAUUAGACAAUCGGAUUGAAUUAAAUAAUUAGCUACUUUUUCGUGAAGAGAGAUAUAUCAAAUUUGCUGUUUAUUUAUUUUUUGGAGGUAUCAGAAACAAAAAAAAUGGUGCAUUAUUUAUGUAAGAAAUUUUAUAUUAAAAAAAAAAAUAAAAAGAAAUAUAUGUGUAUUGACAAAUGAUUAAUUUUUUAAUAAACAAAAAAAAAUAUAUUAUGAAAAAAAAAACCAUAAG